AUGAUGUUUGGUCGCUCUUCUCGUGCUGAGGGAGAAACCCCGCCCCCUACGAGCCCGUCUCUCCUCGCCCGCACAGUGAAGGAAAUACGCGAAAAUUUCCCGACCUGGAAAAAAGGCAAAUCUCUCUCUUUUCCCAGGGCGGAAACAGUUCGUGUUUGCGGGGAGUCUCCACAAAUCCUGGACGAAAACUUCUCUUUGUUUAUCUUUCUCGUUCCCUUUGCUGCGGGAGUUCUCUCGUACAAGCUGUGCCAGCGCCUUAUGGCAAGGUCUAAAAAUUUCGGGGUUGACUACCACAAGAAAGAUGCAAAGCACCUCCCAGAGUCUAUAGGGCUUUCCUCCGGGGUGUCCUUCGUCCUCUGCAUAUUCCUUCUUUCUGGGUCCUUCCAGGCGCACAAAGAGAGUCUUCUCAUUUUUUCAAAUACUAUUAUUCUGAAUAUUCUGCUGGGAUACGUUGACGAUAUACUCGAUCUUACAUGGUCUUGCAAGAUGGUUUUUCCUGUUGUUGCAACUCUUCCCUUGCUCUUCUCCUACUCUGGAAGCACGUGUAUUUGCAUCCCUUUUUACGGUGUGCUAAACUUGGGGUGGGCUUUCUACGUCUGCCUUGUCGCUCUCAGCGUGUACUUUACGAAUGCGAUAAACAUUCUCAGCGGAAUAAACGGAGUGGAGUGUGGGCAAACACUCGUUAUCAGUGGGAUGAUGGUCGUUGAUCGCCUGCUCUUUUUUAGCGAUAAGGGUCUUCUGUCCAUUCUUCUGUGUGCCUCCCUCUUCUUCAGCACGUUCAGCCUCUUCCUGUGGAAUAAGUACCCUGCGAAGUGCUUUGUUGGUGAUACGUUCUGCUACUUUGCAGGGAGUGCUCUCCUGUGCAUUGGACUCUUCGGGGGCUUUGUAAAGACGCUUUUUCUCUUCUUCUCCCUGCAACUGCUUAACUUCCUGAUGAGUCUUCCGCAGAUUGCCAAAAUAAUCCCAUGCCCAAGGCACAGAAUGCCAGCGUCUGACUUCACAGGUGCAGCUCUAUUGAAGCCUUCGAUCGUGGAAGUCUCUAAAAAGCACGUGCAAAGCAGCUAUAUGUGCCGCCUUGUCAUUAGCCUAUUCACUAAGUGUAGGCUGAUCUCGUGCACAGAAAACAAGGAGAGUAUAUGCCUAAGCAACUUCACAGUGCUAAAUGCAAUACUCGUUUGGACAGGGCCAAUUUCAGAGCCAGCCCUUUUUAACGUCUAUAUGGCUUUGCAAUGUGCUGUUUGUUUGUGUGUGAUAUUGGCUAAGUUCGCAAUUACAGCACUUUCUGUGUGUUAA